AUGGUGGAUCAAGUUGCUGUCUCUAGAACACUUCUAGAGCCUACUCCUUUCCAAUAUGCCAUCAAAGAUGAAAAGGUCUUGGGGGAAUAUGCCUUUAACUUGCCUGGAUUAGCCUUGCCAUGGAAUCAGCAGAGAACACUUGGAGAAAAUAAAUCCAAACAGCAACAACAGGAGCAACAGCCACAGUGCUACCAGCUUCAAACAGAGCAACAAAAGAACGCAACCAGAUACUGUGAGGACAAUCCUGGAAACCAUCAUGACAAACAUGACUCAACACUGUUAGAAAGAGAAAGCCAAAACAGGCAAUGGAAUCACAGCCAUGGGUAUUUACAGAGUGACAAAGGACUGUAUGAAACUACCGGUGAGACUGAAACUGUCAAAGAAGAAAGAUUUCCUUCAGAGAAUAUAGCUGAGAAUCAUCAGAAAGGUGUAGCUGACCUUUGCUGUAAGCCAUUGAUUCUCAAAUCUGAAAGAAAGGCUAUAAACAGCAUCAUGGAUGGUGCAGGUGACACAGUGAGAUGUAUUCUACUGGCAUCUUCCAAAGACAAGGUUCAACAACAACCAAUUGAAAAGGAAAACACAGCAGGAGAACCAACCACCUCCGAGAUGAAGAAUAUGGAAAAGAUGAUUGAAAUUUUGAACAAUAUGAAGAAUAAGAGUAGUAACCAGGACUCCAAGCUUAUAACCUUUAUGAAGGAGGCACAGAAUUUAGUAAAAUCUGAAGAGAUGUUAAGUGAGGUUGUGCAAGCUAUAUACCGGACAGCUGUAACUGACAGGAGCUUUGCCUCCACAGCUGCUAGACUAUGUGGCAAAAUGGCUCAUUUUGUGGUAGAAGGAACAAAGUUCAGGAGUCUCCUACUGAACAUGUUGCAGAAGGACUUUUCUAGACGACAUGAGCUGCAGCAUUCCAACGUGGAGCAGUGGUUGGGCUUUAUUACCUUUCUUUGUGAAGUAUUUGUGACCAUGAGAAUCAAAAAUGGAGAGCCAUAUCAUGCCCUUGUUAGUCCCAUUUAUACAUGUCUCAGAGAAUUAUUCUUCAAGAAUGCUUUAAAGAAUUUUGACUUGAAGCUUAUGAAAUAUAAAAAAUUGCAAUUAGAAAUAACAUACUUCAAAGAGUGUGUCAACGAAGGAAUUGUGCCGAAGGGCCUCAGAUCGUGGCAAUACCCCACUGUUCUUAUUGAGAAUUCUUUGUUUCAAAAAGACCUUCUCAGUUUGUUUAACAAACAUGGACUUGAACUAUUGGAUAUUAUGAUUAAACACUACCAAUUGGCAGCCGAUAUCCUAAUAAAAGAAAUUACUGUGUUGGAUGAAAAAGUAAAAGGUGACUUGGACUUUAACCGGUACAAAUAUGAAUAUGAUGGAUGCUUUUCUAGCAUUAAUUCAUACUUGGUUAAACUGAAGAGCACUAAAAUGACGAAGCUAAAUAGAUACAGGGAAGCGUACAAAACAGGAAUAUCAUAUCCUAAACCUCCUGUCUCCCAAACUGGAAUAUCAGACCAAAGGAAGGAACCAGUUAAUAGAAGAGAUUACCAGCCAGGCGUCCAAACGGAUCAUAACAACGGAGCUCAUGGCAGCCAUCAGGAAAGCCAACGUAAUGAACAUUCUGAGGGAGGUAACAACAAUCAACCAUCUAACAGAGGCAGUGAAAACGACCACCAAUCACGGUGGAAUGGAGCAAAAUUUAAUCAAAAUUUUCGGAAACAAGCCUAG